AUGGAGCUGAUAACUGCCUCUCAAGCAACUAGACAAAUUGGCCGCCUAUUACUAGAUUGCGACGAGGCAAAAGAGGAUUUAAAAAAUGCCGCCUACUCUGCCGACGGCCAUUCCAGGUCCAUAUCUAGAAUCGAGACUCCACUUGUUGGCAUCGAGAAGAGCCUAAAAGGCUUGCAACGCAUCUUCAGCUCCACUGAUUGCCCUCAACAUCCAUUUCGAGAAGCAGAUCAUAAACACAGUUGCUUCAAGGCUGCUCUUGAGGGGUGUUUACAUGUCUUGGACUCGGCCAUCUACAAUCUUCGCCACAAAAAGCUUCGUGACGCGUCUAUCCCGUGGAAUGACUAUUACACCCUUAUGAGCGACUAUCAUAAUGUUCUAGAGGAUCUUGUACGCAUGGUCGACCCAGCCCAGGACGGUCCGCCGGCGUUGGAACUUCAAAAACGUAUCGCCACGAACGACAUACAAGCUACACGACUUAAGCACAUUGUUGACGGGAAUAAAAAGCCAGCAAAAAAGAAUGAAUCCUCGUCCCCUGCACAACCGAAGGCUCAAGCAUCUGGAAAAGAAAAAAAAGAGGGGAAAAGGGUAUCAGAUAAGAGCACAACAGCACAAGCUCCCACACAAUCCACCCACGCAGGUGCCCUUCCAAACAGCUCGACUCAGUCACACGGAGAUCAUACUGGCCACAGAAGAGGCGGAGAGGAAGGACGUGACAAUGUUUGCAAAGCGCUCAAGAGACUCGGAAUCCUAGAUGACAAGGCUCUGAAGGGCAAUCGGGCAUUAUGGCUGCUGAAGGCCAUAGACGACGGAGACUCCUUCGAGAUGGUCCGCCUUCUGCUUGAACUGGGGUUUGAUCCCAAUCAAGAAUCGCCUGACCCCAACACUGAGAAUACCAAGGAGCCCGAGGAUCCCAAGGACCGCAAGUACCCUAAGGACCGUCCACUGUGCUAUGCUGCCAAAAAGGGAAAAUCAGACAUUGUGGAGCUCCUCAUCAAGAACGGUGCAAAAAUCGAUGCUCGAAACGUCCUUGGGGAAACAGCGCUCCUAAGCGCUGCGAAGUGGGGGAUGGACGAGGUGGUUGAGCGCCUCCUGAAUGCACCGCAUGAUGCCGAUAUCGAAACACAGAGACAGAGCGUAGGUAAAAGUUAUUUCAAAGGAUUCACUCCUCUGAUGCUGGCGGUCUAUAACGGUCGCCUAAAUACUGUCAGGUUGUUGCUCAAGCGGAAAGCGAAUCCCGAUGUGGUGGAUCAAGCUGGGAAUCCCCUGUUUUAUAUCGCCAUCGCAAACGAUAAAGUGGGUAUUGUCGAGUUUCUUGAUGAGAAAAAGCUCGCACACAUUGCGGGGACCAGCAAAAAGUACCCUCACGAUACGCCGCUACACUGCGCCGCCCGGAAUGGAUCCAUCAAAGUCGCAAGCUACCUUGUCGAAAACGCUCGGGGUUUGAUUAACGCAAGGAACGACGAGGGAGAUGCCCCUCUGUCAUUGGCAGUGAGAGAGAAACACCGCGAUCCGGCAGUGAGAGAGAAACAACGUAGUGUGGCUGAACUUUCGCUGAAUCACAAGGCCGACAUUAACUCCACCGACAGCAAUGGUCACACACUACUCCAUUAUGCCGCCCUCGCUGGGGAUGUGGAGAUGAUACAAAAGCUGGCCGACGCAGGCGCCAAGAUUGAAUACUUUGAUAAUGAAGGGCAAACCGCCCUUCGUUGCGCUGUUUUGGCAAAGGACGUUGCCAGUGUUGAAGCUUUGCUGGCGGCGGGCUCCAAGAUCGACGGCACUGACCACAGAAAGGGACAAACGCCGCUGCACCAUGCUGUCAUAGGCGAAGAUCCAGCUUUGGUCAGAGUUUUGCUCGAUCGCGGAUGUAAGAUGGACGUAAAGGAUCGCGACGGCAAAUAUCCGCUACAAUAUGUUAUGGACAUGGCCCCGUCGAAAGAAGCUUCAUCCCAAGAGCUGUUGUGCGCAUUUCUGCACGACGAUAAAAAUCAAGCAUCGUUGCGCGCUGGUUUUCCUGUGUUGUCCAAGGCAAGCCGGGAUGGAAAGCUGGCAUUGGUCCAAGAAAUGAUCACGAGCCAUCAGAAUCUCGUCUCGUGGAAACCGCGGCCGCCCUUUGACAGCGAGUUCAAACCGGCGCUACACGAAGCGGUCAGAAAUGGCCAAAAACAAGUCCUCGUGGAGCUGUGCAAGGUGGCAAAAAACCAUCCAGCCAUUAACUUGACGGACCAUGCAGGCAAUACUGUCUUGCACCAGGCCAUCAUCAGCAACCGGCCAGAAUGGAUCUCCCAAUUGAUAAGAUUAGGAGCCGAUAAGGAGCUCGUGUCGGGUGAAGCUGACGGAUCGCUGCCUCCGCUGCACCUUGCAGCUCGCCACAUGAAUGUGAAGGCCAUCAAGGCGCUUUUGGAUGAGGACGUAGAUGCGAAAAGGCGUAUACCUGGAGGUCAAAUCUGCGACGUGUGUAUGCGGUUGAGGACGACUCCCUCUGGUAGGAAUGCCAGAUGCAUCCUCCGCAACCUCGAUCCCAGCCGCUGGUCAGAUCCGAAUUUCCGGUUGAUCGACGAGUUAUUGCGAAACGCCACCAUCAGCACGCUCAGAAGAGGGCUGGUGUAA